UCCCGGAUGUUCAUUCACACAUGAGAGACCCGCCAAGUGUGUCGGUGUCCGGCGGUGGUGCGGUGAAGACUGCGGAUAGGGGGGCCGCUUGUUUGUUGUUUUUAAGACCGUUCCCUCCGCCGUCUUAAUGGAAGCGGACGGCUUCGUGUCCCGGCGAACGUCCCUGGAGGCACCGGGUAUAGACAACCGAGUUGCAGGCGUCGCCACCGGGGCAGAGAUUCGAUGGCUGGGUGGCAGACUUCUGGGCACCACUGGAGGCUUCGUUGGGGUGUUGCCAACAAGAGUAUCAGGGGAGCACGACUUUGCCCCGGCGUUGCACCGGACAACACCCGAGAGCUCUUCUUCGACCGAGGCAGAAGUGGACUACGAAGGACUGCCUCACGGAGCAACCACCGGCACACACAUGCUAGCUGGAGCCGUGGCUGGAAUCAUGGAGCACUGUCUCAUGUACCCUAUCGACUGCGUGAAGACGCGCAUGCAGAGCCUUCAUCCCGAGCCGGGCGCACGUUACCGCAACGUGAUGGACGCCCUGCGGCAGAUCGUGCGCACCGAGGGCGUGUGGCGGCCCAUCCGAGGCAUCAACGUGCUGGCAGUGGGGGCGGGGCCCGCCCACGCGCUCUACUUUGCUUGCUAUGAGAAGAUCAAGGUCACACUGAGUGACGCCGUCCACCCCGGCGCCAACAGCCACUUUGCCAACGGCGUGGCAGGCUGCAUGGCGACGGUGCUCCAUGACGCCGUCAUGAACCCAGCUGAAGUGGUCAAGCAGCGCAUUCAGAUGUUCAACUCCCCGUACCGUGGUGUUCUGGACUGCGUGGGCGCCACGCUGCGGCAGGAGGGCCCGGCAGCGUUCUACCGCAGCUAUACCACCCAGCUGACCAUGAACGUGCCCUUCCAGGCGCUCCACUUCAUGACCUACGAGUACCUGCAGGAGGUGCUCAACCCACACAGAAACUACAACCCCACCUCCCACGUGGUGUCGGGGGCGCUGGCCGGAGCGCUGGCCGCCGCCGCCACUACGCCGCUCGACGUCUGCAAGACGCUGCUCAACACACAGGAAGCGGCCGCCGUGCACGUCAUCCAAGCUGAGGUGGGAGGAGCGGCUGCCGCCGCCCCCAGCGGACAGGCCGCCCGUCAGAUCUCCGGUCUGGGCGAGGCUUUUCGGACGGUGUAUAGGACGGGUGGCGUGGGGGCCUUCUUCAAGGGAGUCCAGGCCCGCAUCAUUUACCAGAUGCCGUCUACGGCCAUCAGCUGGUCUGUGUACGAGUUCUUCAAGUAUGCUAUCACCAACCAGCAGCACAAGAGGCGACUGCGCGGAGACUGCGACAAAUGAAGGGUCCUUUACCUGCUGGAACCUCUCACCCACGCCGCUGCUCUCAGGCAUCAAAAAGUUGGAAGAA